GACUGCGUGGUCACAAUGUACUCAUAUCUUGACUUUUGCAUUUGCAGAAUGCCUAUUUCCAUGCAAGGGCACGUUUUUUUUUAUCUGUCAAUCGCUAGGGGACCCCAUCGUGGUGACGCAUGGACACACACACACACACACACACACACACACUCAUCUAUUAAUGUACUGUUCAGGAUGUUGCAGCCGCAGCAGCCCAUCACAGGCAACGGGCCCAGCGCAAGCCGCGGUCUCGGGUUGAACGUCCACCCGGGAAUGCAUCCCCUUAACCCGGUGCACCCGCAUUCUCAACACCGCCCCGAUGGAGUCCCCGCGGGCCUCGAAGGCAUCGAAAAUGGACACGACAACCGCCGAGACAUUAAAGAUAUCCUGCAACAGAUCAUGACGAUUACCGACCAAAGUUUAGACGAAGCUCAAGCAAAAAAACACGCUUUAAACUGUCAUCGGAUGAAACCGGCUUUAUUCAGCGUCCUGUGCGAAAUUAAAGAGAAAACUGGUCUUUCCAUGAGAAAUGCUCAGGAGGAGGAGCCUCCAGACCCACAGCUCGUGCGAUUGGACAACAUGCUGCUGGCCGAAGGUGUGGCUGGUCCAGAGAAGGGGGGCGGAGCCGCUGCUGCGGUCUCUGCCGCGACCAGCUCUGGUGGGAUGUCACCUGACAGCUCACUGGGGCACUCCGACUAUAAAAGCAAGUUGAGCCAAAUUCGGAACAUUUACCACACAGAGCUGGAAAAAUACGAGCAGGCCUGCAGUGAGUUCACUACCCAUGUUAUGAACCUGCUGAGGGAGCAGUCUCGCACCCGGCCCGUGUCUCCACGUGAGAUCGAGCGCAUGGUGGCCAUCAUCCACCGCAAGUUCAGCUCCAUCCAGUCGCAGCUCAAACAGAGUACCUGUGAAGCGGUCAUGAUACUGCGCUCACGCUUUCUGGACGCCAGGCGUAAACGGCGUAAUUUUAGUAAACAGGCCACAGAGGGCCUGAACGAGUAUUUCUAUUCACAUCUCUCGAACCCUUACCCGAGCGAGGAGGCCAAAGAAGAGCUGGCCAAGCAGUGCAGUAUCACUAUGUCUCAGGUGUCCAACUGGUUUGGCAACAAGAGGAUUCGCUAUAAGAGGAACAUUGGGAAGUUCCAGGAAGAGGCCAAUCUGUAUGCCAUGAAGACGGCCUUAGGGGCGACACAGAGUGAGGAAUCACCCCACACUCCAAACUCCACUGGCUCAGGGUCGUUCUCGAUGUCAGGGUCAGCUGACUGCUUCCUUGGAGUUCCUCCAAUGAACGGAGGUCAGCCUCCCUAUCACAUGGGGGCUCAGGAUGCUCAAUCACGCUUCUUAGAAAGACUCUAUAGUACCAGCGAGAGCCGGACUAAUGGUAACUGGCAGGAGCAGAACACGCCACCCUCCGCCACUUCACCCGGCAGCGAUCACUCCGACAACUCUGACUGAUGAGCUCCUUCCGCUGACGUCCCGCUCAGACACGGGAGGACAAACGGAAUGACGAAAGAAUGAUGGUCACUCGUCUACCCAACUGCAGUUUUAGUUUUUCGCAUUUUUGUUUUUAGAAGCUCAUUAUCAGACUUGACAUUGAGCCUCAUUCAUGAAACACGAGCAGAGAUUUUAAAUCGUUUGUAAAUCGUUCAUAAAGCCGUUUUUAUGAAAAUUGUCGUAUUCCAUUCAAUACGGUAAUUUACAAAAGAAUGGGCCUCAUUAAUGAAGCAUGAAGUAAAUUGUUUGUAAAAUGUUUAUUUUUUGCAUUCAGUUCAAUGUGAGCAGAACAGAUUUCAGUCUCAUGUAUAUAUAUAUAUAUAUAUAUGUGUAUGUGUGUGUGUUUGUGUGUGUAAAGCUAAUUUACUUAAGUUUGUGUUACAGUUCAUGCAGUUUAUGCAUAUGCAUACAUAUGUGUGUGUGUAAAUGUGUAUAUAUAUAGUUUUACAAACAACUUAAGCAUCUGUUGAGCUUUUGUUUCAUGAAUAAGGCCCUUUUUUCUGUUUGGAUGAAUGAGUGUGUUUGUGUGAGAGAGGAGCUGGAUGAGAUCUUGGCGUAUAUUUGCCGUUAUGUAUUUUAUUUUAGUUUUAUUUCACUUUUCCACUACAUUAAAACUUCCACUAUUUGUUACUGCAAUAUCUGGAUGUUGAAAGGGGAACUUUUUAAACUGCAUUAAGACUGCUUUCAUUAUAGUUAUUAUAUUAUUAUCAUCACUGCUCUAUAUUGUUUAUUCAGAGCUCAGAUAGAAUUGGCUUUGGUGAAGGGGGCAAAAGAGAAAAAUCCAAAGAUUGUUUUUUUUUCACAUGUGUGCGUUUCUCUUUUUUACUGGGUUUGUGUAUGUAUCAGUUAUAUGAAUGAGGUGUGUUUGCUGUCUUUAUUUACCGUUUGAAUGAGUAUAUCAACAGUGCUGUCUUUUCUCUGUACAGUGAAACACCUGUAUUCUCUACCUCUUUUACAAUAAAGACUGUCUGUACACAUUCAUCAUUUGCAACAACAGUU